UAUGAUUCGUAUCACUAGUUUUAAUGAUCACCAUGUUGAGCAUCAACUUUUACCAGAUACAAAUAUUUUUGCCCCAGUAAAUCGCCGGUUUUCUGAUGAUUGUCGUGAAGAAAUUCGGCACUUGGUAGUAAAUGAACAUAAGGUGGAAGGAAAUGAUGCGUUUAGGCUUUUAUUACAACUCUAUGAAUAUAGAGAAAAGGACUCUAAUUGGUAUAUUGAACCCUUAAUCGAUUCUAUUAGUAAUCAUCUUCAUGGAAUUUUUUGGAUGGACCCGGGUCAGCGUGAAAGAUGGAUACAAUUUAGUAACAUAAUAGUUCAAGACAAUACGGCACAAACAAAUCAUUAUAAUUUUCCUUU